GACGGGAGCCUCCUGUUCCCUGGCUGCUGUUGUGGCCACCGAGCCGCAGCCCUGGAGCCAGGCAUCCCUGUGCUUGGGGAUCAGAGCGAGCAGGAGCAGAGCCUCUCCCUUCUGGGUGCAGCUGCAGCUGCCCAGCCAUGGCUGUGGUCCCGGAAGUCUCUGUGCUCUUGGGGGCUGGGAGGGCCCUCUGCCUCCUGCCCCUUACGCACUCCAGAGUCUCCUUUCUGUUGAGAGCUAAGCAGACAUCAGGACUACCAGCUGCAGAGAGGAGCUACCCACUGUGGGCUUCGUCUCUGCUGAGAGCUGAACACUCACUGGGACGCCCUGCCUAUGGAAACCAGCUGUUCACUCUGGGUCUCCUCUGAGCUGUUCUGUCGCUCAGUAAAGGUAUUCUUCUGCUUACUCGCCCUCCAUUUGGCUGCCUUACCUCAUUCAUCCUGGACACAGGACAAGAACUUGGGACUUGCCGGUAUGGUGGAGCUAAAAUAGCUGUAACACAAACAGGAUUGAAACAUGCCCCUUGCUCGCCACAUUGUGGAUGACAAGAGGGAGGGAAGAAAGGAGAGAAGAUCUGCGACCCUUCGGCAAACCCAGACUUAGGAGAUCGGAGAGCCAAGACUGUGACACCCUUUCUGGGGCUCUGUGGUUCCUGGCGUCUCCAAGCUUCUGGGCACCUCGGCUUUCCCCAGUGCCAGUCGUGGAAGCUGCUUGUGAGUCCCUGUGAGACUGUUUCACAGAAGGAUGUGUAUUUACCCAAAGCUACACAUCAAAAAGUAUUCGAUACCUUAAAUGGAAAAUUAGAAGAGUCUCCUGAUAAAGGUGGUCUUCUGAAGCCUACCUGUGGAAUGAAAAUUUCUCUUCCAAAUAAAGCCUUAGAAUUGAAGGACAGAGAAACAUUCAAAGCAGUGGAUGUGAGUUCUGUAGAGUGCACAUUCAGUCUUUUUGGCAAACCGACUACUGAAAAUUCACAGUCUACAAAAGUUGAGGAAGACUUUAAUCUUACUACCAAGGAGGGAACAACAAAGACAGUAACUGGACAACAGGAAUGUGAUAUUGGCAUUAUUGAACGAGCUCCACAAGAUCAAACAAAUAAGAUGCCCACAUCAGAAUUAGGAAGAAAAGAAGAUCCAAAAUCAACUUCAGAUUCUGAGAUUAUCUCUGUGAGUGAUACACAGAAUUAUGAGUGUUUACCUGAGGCUACAUAUCAAAAAGAAAUAAAGACAACAAAUGGCAAAAUAGAAGAGUCUCCUGAAAAGCCUUCUCACUUUGAGCCUGCCACUGAAAUGCAAAACUCUGUUCCAAAUAAAGGCUUAGAAUGGAAGAAUAAACAAACAUUGAGAGCAGAUUCAACUACCCUAUCAAAAAUCUUGGGUGCAGUUCCUUCUUGUGAAAGAGGAAGGGAACUUAAAAAAGAUAACUGUGAACAAAUUACAGCAAAAAUGGAACAAACGAAAAAUAAGUUUUGUGUACUACAAAAGGAACUGUCAGAAGCGAAAGAAAUAAAAUCACAGUUAGAGAACCAAAAAGCUAAAUGGGAACAAGAGCUCUGCAGUGUGAGAUUGACUUUAAAUCAAGAGAAGAGAAGAAAUGUCGAUAUAUUAAAAGAAAAAAUUAGACCCGAAGAGCAACUUAGGAAAAAGUUAGAAGUGAAACAACAACUUGAACAGACUCUCAGAAUACAAGAUAUAGAAUUGAAAAGUGUAACAAGUAAUUUGAAUCAGGUUUCUCACACUCAUGAAAGUGAAAAUGAUCUCUUUCAUGAAAAUUGCAUGUUGAAAAAGGAAAUUGCCAUGCUAAAACUGGAAGUAGCCACACUGAAACAUCAACACCAGGUGAAGGAAAAUAAAUACUUUGAGGACAUUAAGAUUUUACAAGAAAAGAAUGCUGAACUUCAAAUGACCCUAAAACUGAAACAGAAAACAUUAACAAAAAGGGCAUCUCAGUAUAGAGAGCAGCUUAAAGUUCUGACAGCAGAGAACACGAUGCUGACUUCUAAAUUGAAGGAAAAACAAGACAAAGAAAUACUGGAGACAGAAAUUGAAUCACACCAUCCUAGACUGGCUUCUGCUUUACAAGACCAUGAUCAAAGUGUCACAUCAAGAAAAAACCAAGAACUUGCUUUCCACAGUGCAGGAGAUGCUCCUUUGCAAGGAAUAAUGAAUGUUGAUGUGAGUAAUGCAGUAUAUAACAAUGAGGUGCUCCAUCAACCACUUUAUGAAGCUCAAAGGAAAUCCAAAAGCCCAAAAAUUAAUCUCAAUUAUGCAGGAGAUGAUCUAAGAGAAAAUGCAUUGGUUUCAGAACAUGCACAAAGAGACCGAUGUGAAACACAGUGUCAAAUGAAGAAAGCUGAACACAUGUAUCAAAAUGAACAAGAUAAUGUGGACAAACACACUGAACAGCAGGAGUCUCUGGAGCAGAAAUUAUUUCAACUAGAAAGCAAAAAUAGGUGGCUUCGACAGCAAUUAGUUUAUGCACAUAAGAAAGUUAACAAAAGCAAGGUAACAAUUAAUAUUCAGUUUCCUGAGACGAAAAUGCAACAUCAUCUAAAAGAGAAAAAUGAGGAGGUAUUCAAUUAUGGUAACCAUUUAAAAGAACGUAUAGAUCAAUAUGAAAAAGAGAAAGCAGAAAGAGAAGUCAUUGUGAGACAACUUCAAAAAAAAUUGGCUGAUCUUAAUAAACAGUGUGAGGCUUCACUAAAGGUUACAUCACAUUCUCACUCUCUGAGGCAUCAAUAGAGGCUACAUCACAUUAUCACAUUAAUCUCAAAGAUUAAACAGUAAAGUUUAUUGUGAACAUUUGCUUCUUUUUCCAUUUUAAAGUUAAACAAGAAGAAAAGGUAAAAUGAAAAGAAAUAACCAAAAAUUUACUUCCCAAGAUAGG